UUUGAUUCCUAUGAAGUCACCAUCCCCAAGAAGCUGAGCUUCCGACGAGAGCAGCAGGGUGUGGCCAAGCACGUGUCCUACCUCCUGCAGGUAAAAGGCAAGAACCGCGUCCUCCACCUGUGGCCCAAGAGGUUUCUGUUAGCCCGAACUCUGCAGGUUUUCUCCUUCACGGAGCAGGGGCAGCUCUGGGAGGAUCACCCUUAUGUACCCAGCGACUGCAACUACAUGGGCUUGGUUGAAGGAAAUCAGGAUUCCGAGGCUACUUUAAGCACAUGCACGGGGGCGCUCCGAGGCAUAUUGCAAAUCGAUGCCAGGCAUUAUCAAAUCGAGCCCCUCAGGGCUUCUUCCACGUUUGAACAUGUGGUGUAUCUCCUGAAGAAAGAGCAGGAAUUUCCUAGUCACAUCUGUGGCUUAAGUCAUGACGACACAGUAAAGCAGAUGGCCCAGCAGGAGAACGUGGCUAGGAUAAGCGACCUCACUGAGUCUUACAUGCACCAGAAGUACUUGGAAUUAGCCCUGGUCUUCGAUCACAGUAGGUAUUUGUACCUGAACUCCAAUCUUACUCUAGUCGUGAAUGACGCCAUUCUUCUGACUGCGAUCGCAGACUCUUACUUUCAAGAUGUCCGUAUGAGA